UUCUCAAGAUAGCAUCCUAACAAGUUCAUAAGAUCAGAGUCCACAAUUUUGCAGCACUUUAAUUUUCCUACCGUCUUCGAUGAUGGCAAAUCAAGAUAGAACUAUUAUUACCAACGACUAUGAUCCCGAUAAAUUAGCGUACGAUGUUUUUCUUAGUUUUAGGGGAGAAGACACACGCUACUCCUUCACAGGUUUUCUCUACGAUGCUCUAUUCAGGAAGGGAGUGAGAGUGUUCAUGGAUGAUGAAGAGUUGAAGGGAGGGGACCGAAUCGCGCAAUCUCUGGUGAAUGCGAUCCAGCAAUCAAGGAUUUCGAUUGUUGUUUUCUCUGAGAAUUAUGCAACUUCAAGGUGGUGCCUUGAUGAACUAGUGGAGAUCGUUGAGUGUAUGGAGUUGAAGAAGCGAUUGUUGGUUUGGCCAAUCUUUUACAAAGUGGCACCGUCUGAUGUGAGGCAUCAGAGAAAGAGUUACGCUGAAGCCAUGGCUGCACAUGAAGAAAGGUUCGGAAAUGGAUCUGUUAAGGUCCACAAAUGGAGAUCAGCUUUGUCUCAAGUUGCUAACUUGAAAGGAUGGUCUUACCAAACAGGGUAUGAAUAUGAAUUUAUACAUGAGAUUGUGAAAAGGGUGACUACUAAAUUACAGCAUGAACAAGUAAAUCUUGGAGAGCACCUAAUUGGACACCAGUCUCACAUAGAAGAACUGAGGUCACUUUUAGACAUUGAAUCCCAGAGGACAGUUUGCAUGCUAGGAAUUUAUGGAACAGGAGGAAUUGGCAAAACAGCACUUGCCAAAGCUCUUUAUAACACAAUUUUCCAUAAAUUUGAAUGUUCAAUCUUUCUUGAAGGUGUUAGAGAAAGAUCAAACAGUUAUAUGGGCCUAGUAAAUCUCCAAGAGGCUAUUAUAUCUAAGCUAUAUGAAGGGGAAAAUAUAAAGUUGGAGAAUGUUGAUGAUGGCAUCACUAAGUUAAAAGAUACAUUGAAGCAUAAGAGAGUUCUUUUGGUACUGGACGAUGUUGAUAGCAAGGAUCAAAUAAGAAAUUUGGCAGGCGAGCGCAACUGGUUCGGUUCAGGGAGUAGAAUCAUCAUAACAACGAGGGAUAAACAUGUGCUAAACAUUGAUAAGGUUGAAAAGAAAUUCGAGAUAAAGAGGUUACAUGAUCAUGAAGCUCUUCAACUCUUUUGCUUAAAAGCUUUCAAAAUGAAUCAUCCUUUACCUGAGUAUAAAAAUGUGUCUAAUCAUGUAGUUCAUUAUGCCAAGGGCCUUCCAUUAGCUCUAAAAGUAUUAGGGUCUCAUUUUGCUAAUAAAUCCAUAAGGGAAUGUGAAUGUGCAUUGAAACAAUUCAAGAGGAUUCAACAGAGGAACAUACAUGACAUACUCAAGGUCAGUUAUGAUUGCUUAGAAGAUGCCACAAAGUGUGUAUUUCUUGACAUUGCUUGCUUCUUUGAAGGGGCUAGCUUGCAAUAUGUUGAGAAUGUUUUGGAGAAAUGUGACCUUUUCCCAUCAUAUAAUAUAGGAAGACUUGUUGAUAAAUCUCUGCUAGCUAUUGAAAAUGAUUGCUUAAUAAUGCAUGAUCUCAUUCAAGACAUGGGAAUAGAAAUUGUUAGGCAAGAAGCACCAUCAAAACUUGGUAAACGCAGCAGAUUAUGUUUUUAUGAAGAUGUUCUUAGAGUAUUGAGGGAAGAUUCGGGAAGCAGUAACAUUGAAGGAAUAAUGUUGGACCCUCCUAAAGAAGAAAAUGUAAUAUGGAGCGGCACUGCCUUUCAGAAGAUGAAUAAUAUUCGAAUUCUGAUUGUUCGAAAUACACAUUUUAUACCAGAACCUAGUUAUUUGCCGAAUAGUCUAAGGUUACUCGAAUGGGAUAGGUACCCAUCAAAAUCUCUCCCAUCAAAUUUUCAUCCUAAGAAUAUUGUUGACCUUAGCUUACCAUGCAGUCAACUCAACUUGAAGAUGGAAAAAUCGUUUCAGUUAACAAUGACUGGAUGUUCAAUUCACUAG